AUGCUACCUCUUCGGUUAUCCGCGGCGCGAGGUCUUCCUCCAAUCUUCGCCAGGACUGCUGCCACUGCUCGUCGCACACCUUCUUCCGCACCAGUCUCGUCUGCCGCUCGCUUCGCUCCAGAUUCUCUUGGAGCUAGCUUGACACCCGCUUCGCUUCACGCCAAGCAGCUUUCAACCUCUUCACCCUGCUCUACGCCUCGCGAUACGGGUCCGAUUGACCGGACACUUCGUGCAACUCGCAUUCGCGACCAAUCAAGCCACGCCGCAACCGACGCGACUGGUAUCAAGCUCCAUAGGUGAGUGCCAAGCCACUGUAAACUCGUCCCAUCGCUUGAUGGCGUACAUGUCGCCGAUACGUAACCCAUCGCUUAUCAUCGUCCCGUAUCCCCACCCCAGCGAAAUGUCGGAAGCAUCGCGCGCGCCCGGCAGCUCUCGAGCACUUGCCACGGCCGCUACCACUUUCACUUCGGGUUCCGCUCCUUUCGAAUCUCUACCCCCCGGGUUCGAGAUCCAUCCCAGUGUUGACGGCAACGAUGCAGCACCCUAUGCCGUCUUUACCAGGCCGCUGGAGCUAAGCGGUCAAGAUGACAGAUCCUACCGGCUCAUUAGGCUAGCAAACGGUCUCGAGGCGCUCGUGAUUCACGACACAGAGACGGACAAGGCCAGCGCAGCGAUGGACGUUCGCGUCGGACACUUGUCGGACCCGGAAGAGCUGCAGGGCUUGGCUCACUUUUGCGAGCAUCUGCUUUUCAUGGGAACCAAAAAGUACCCGAGGGAGAAUGAGUACAGCGAGUACCUGUCUAACAACAGCGGUGCUUCGAACGCAUACACCGGCAUGGAGAACACCAACUACUUUUUCGACGUGGGCCACUCUCAUCUCGAAGGCGCUCUGGACCGCUUCUCCCAAUUCUUUAUCAGCCCGCUUUUUGAUCCAGGCUGCACCGAGCGCGAAAUUAGAGCUGUCGAUUCGGAACACAAGAAGAACCUGCAAAGCGAUGCUUGGCGGUCUUUCCAGCUCGAAAAGAGCUUGAGCGACCCCCGGCAUCCUUACUCGCACUUCGGAACGGGCAAUCUCAAGACGCUGUGGGACGAUCCGAAAGGCAAAGGCAUGGAUGUUCGGGACGAGCUGCUCAAGUUCCACGACAAGUAUUACAGCGCCAAUGUCAUGCGGUUGGUCGUUCUCGGCAGAGGUGAGUCGAAGUGCAGAGCGGAGGUCAGAGCGGCGUGCUUUUUUCUUUCGUGUUGGCUACCAAAGCAGAACACGUGCAAUCAACAAGCGGACCGCUCACCACGUCUGCAUGCCUUGCUAUGCAGAGAGCCUCGAUCAAUUGACACACUGGGUGGUGGACAAGUUCUCUGGCGUUCGCAACAAAGGCGUGGCAGCCCCUACUUUCCCAGGCUCUCCCCUCGGAGCGGAGCAGUUGCAGACUCAGGUCUUCUUCCGUAGCGUCAAGGACAUUCGCCUGCUCGAUGUGACCUUUCCCAUUCCUGAUCAAGGACCUCAUUUCCGCUCCAAGCCUGGUCAGAUCGUGAGCCACUUCGUGGGACACGAAGGUGUGGGAUCGAUCCUAUCUCAUCUCAAGGCCAAAGGCUGGGCGAAUCACCUCAGCGCUGGGGCUACGAAUGGAGCGGACGGCUUCGAAUUCUUCAAGAUCAGCGUCGACCUCACACAAAGCGGACUGCAAAACUACCAGGAAGUCGUCCAAGGCAUCUUCCAAUACAUUGACUUGCUGCGCGCUUCCGCUGUUCCCGAGUGGUCCUUCAAGGAGGUGCAGCAGCUUUGCGACCUGGCCUACCGCUUCAAGGAGAAAGUCCCGCCAGCAUCUUAUGCGUCAGCUCUGGCGACUCAGAUGCAAAUGCCAUUUCCUCGCGAGUGGGUCCUCUCCGGCCCUUACUUGACGCGCGAAUUCGAUCAAGAUCUCAUUCGCAAGACCAUCGACUGCCUCACCCCCGCCAAUUGCCGAAUCACGGUAGCUGCGCAAAAGAUGCCGGAUGGAUCAAAGGACUGGGCAGCGAGGGAGAAGUGGUAUGGCACAGAGUACAAGCUCACCGCCUUGCCUGAGACGCUGUUGAGGCCAAGCAAUGGUCAUGUGUCGCAAGGACUGGCCUUGCCCAAACGCAACGACUUUGUGCCGUCCGACCUCGAAGUGGCAAGCGUCGAAGCUUUCCGCCAGCCAGGCUACAGACCCACUAAGCGCCCAACCCUUUUAAGCAACACGCCACUCGGUCGUUUGUGGCACAAGCGCGAUGACCAAUUCCUCAUGCCCAAAGCAAAUUUGUUCAUGCUUCUUCGCAGUCCGCUCAUCGAUGCGACUCCAAACAACGCCGUAAAGUCCCGCGUAUUCGUAGAGCUUGUCAAGGAUGCGCUGACGGAGUACUCCUACGAUGCUGAGCUUGCGGGUCUUGGAUACAACAUCGAAUCGCAAGCUGAUGGUAUCGGUCUGAGCGUCGACGGAUACAGCCACAAGCUUCCCGUUCUUUGUCGCUACAUCCUUGAGGAGAUUGCCAAAUUCAAAGUGGACCCCAAGCGUUUUGACAUCAUCAAGGACUCUGUUCGACGAGGCUACCAGAACUUCAGCCUAGAGGCACCAUACCAGCACGCCAACUACUACAUGACGUACCUUUUGGUUGAGCGCAUGUGGACAGCAGAGGAAAAGCUAGUCGAACUAGAGCUUUUGACACCCGACGAUCUGCAGCGUUUCCUCCCUGAUCUCCUUGGUCGCCUGCACAUCGAGACGCUCGCCCACGGCAAUGUCACGCCGGCACGAGCGGGUGAGCUCAUGGCUCUUGCUGAGGAUAUUCUCGCGCCAAAGCCCCUGGCUGCGAGCGAGCUUGUGUCCCACCGCUCUCUCAUAUUGCCGAGACCAUGCAACUUCUCAUGGUCGCGGGAGGUCGCCAACGUUGACAACGUCAACUCUUCUAUCGAGUAUUACUGCCAGAUUGGAGACCCAGUGGACUUCAAGCAGCGAGCCACUCUUGCUCUGCUCGCUCAGAUCGCUUCCGAGCCCGUCUUUGAUCAGCUCCGCACCAAGGAACAGCUUGGCUACUUGGUGUUCAGCAGCCCCCGCAAGACGAUUGGCAGCAUGGGUUUCCGCAUCUUGGUCCAGUCCGAGAGGGAUUCUCGGUACGUCGAAUCCCGCAUCGAUGCCUUCUUGGACCAAUUCAAGGCGCACUUGGAAGGUUUGAGUGAGAGCGAAUUCUUGGCGCAGCGCGAGAGCCUGAUCCACAAGAAGCUCGAGGUGCCUAAAAACCUGUACGAGGAGUCAAGUCGCUUCUGGUUCCACAUCCAUUCCGGAUACUACGACUUCCUGCAGCGAGACGUGGACGUUGCUUCGCUCCGCAAACUCGCAAAGCGCGAUGUGGUGGAUCUGUUCAACACUUACAUUCACCACUCGAGCCCGACCAGAUCCAAGGUGUGCGUGCACUUGCGAUCUCAGGUCAAGCCGCAGCGCUUCGGCGUGCAAGCUGGGGAGAAAUUGCGCGAGGUGGCGAGAAGCAGUGGCAUUCCCAUCAGCGAAGACGAAUUUGCUGCGCUCAAGGCUCAGCAGCCCAACGUAGAGAUGGUCAAGGAGUACACAAGGGCCAAUUUGGCACGUGCAGACCCUCCGAUGGACGAAGCAAAGACGGCUCAGCUGAUGGCUACGAUCGACAAGCUCGCUACCGAAUACCCCGCCGAAACAGACAUGGCUGAAGAUGAUGUUGCGGAGGAGCAAUCGAGGAGAGAAGCGUCGACAGAGGUGGAGAUCACCGAUGUCAAUGUCUUCAAGGCUGGCUUGCAACCUUCUAGAGCUGCUCAGCCCGUGAGACCGUGGUAUGACUUCACCUCGGAACCAGCUGCGGACAGCGAGGAGCGCGGAUAUGCUCGAGGAUCGGAUGCGUCGCCAACGCAAAAGCCGCCCAAUGCUAAUCUCUAG